AUGUCCUUCCCCACCUCCCCUCUACCGGCCUUUCCAGUUAAGCUCUAUGAUGCUCUACGCCACUCUACCAUUUUGGUGGCAACAGAAAGCAACGGGGGCAAAAUAAAGUGCAGAUCCCACUAUCCAUCCACAAAGUUGAACCAGCUUGAGGCACCAGAACACACCCAGUCCCUGUCUCUGGAGAUGCUGUUACGCAGGUUGAGGGCCACGGAAGCCCAGCAGGAUGACAAGUUUGCCAACAUCCUGGAUGUGGUGGGGGAGUUUGGCACAUUCCAGAAGAGGCUGGUGGCCCUCACCUUCAUCCCCAACAUCCUGUUGGCCUUCUUCAUGUUUGCUGACAUCUUCGUGUUCACAGCCCAGAAGCCUUAUUGCAAUACCAGCUGGAUACUGGCAGUGGACCCCAACCUGUCAGAGGCUCAGCAGUUGAAUCUGACCCUGCCCCGAGAACCCAAUGGCAGUUUCCAGACAUGCCUCAUGUACUUGCCUGUGGCCUGGGAUCUGGAAUCUAUUAUCCAAUUUGGCCUCAACUACACAGAGCCAUGCCAAGAUGGGUGGAUCUAUCCUGAGACCAAGAAGCGAUCGCUGGUCAAUGAGUUUGACUUGGUGUGUGGCAAGGACCAGGACACGGAAGGCGUGCAGACCAUGCUCACGGCUGGCCUCCUAAUAGGGUCCCUCAUCUUUGGGUUCGUAAGUGACAAGCUGGGCCGCUACCCCACCAUCCUGAUGUCGCUGCUGGGGCUGGCCAUCUUCGGCUUCGGGGCAGCCUUCGUCAACAGCUUUCACCAGUACCUGUUCUUCCGCUUCGGCGUGUCCCAGGCCUUGGUGGGCUACGCCAUCAGCAGCGUGUGUUUAGCCACUGAGUGGCUAAUGGGCCAGCACCGGGCCCACGCCAUCAUCCUGGAACACUGCUUUUUCUCUGUGGGAAUCCUGCUUCUGACCGGGCUUGCCUACAGCCUUCCCCACUGGCGGUUGCUGUUUCUGGUGGGUGGGGCACCUGUGUUCCUCCUCAUCUCCUACAUCUGGAUCGUGCCGGAGUCCCCGCGGUGGCUGCUGAUGAAAGGGAAGCUAGAGGACGCCAAGCAGGUGCUGGGCUAUGCGGCCAGUGUGAACAAGAAGAUCAUUCCCUUAAGUCUGCUGGACAAGCUGCAGCGGCCUGGAAAGAAGGUGACUAAGGCCUCUGUCCUGGACUUCUAUAACAAUAAGCACUUCCUCAAGGUGACCUUGGUGAUGGGUUGUGUGUGGUUUACUGUGGGUUACAGCUAUUUCACGCUGAGCCUCAAGUUGAAGAAUUUGGGCGUGGACCUCCACUUCACACAAGUGAUUCCUGGCAUCAUGGAGGUGCCCGCCCGCCUCUGCUGCAUCUUUCUCCUUGAGCAGAUGGGGAGGAAGUGGAGCCUGAUUGCGACUCUCUUCCAAGGCUCCCUUAUGUGCUUGCUUGUUCUUAUCCUCCCCUCAGGUACGGAUGGAAGGAGAGCAGAUGGGUGGCCCCCCAUCCCCCACCCCAGACUCAGGGGGCCACGUUGUCUGGCCACAGAGUUGAAAUCCAUGAUAAUCUUGAUGGUCGUGCUUGGAGAGUUCAGCCUGGCAGCCUCGGUCUCUGUGUUCUUCAUCUACACCGCGGAGCUCCUGCCCACUGUCCUCAGGGCGACAGGUCUGGGGCUGGUGUCUCUGGCCUGGGCAGGUGGAACCAUCUCAUCCCUGGCGGUCAGCCAGCAGAAACUCACCCUCCUACCCAUAUUUCUCUGCUGCAUCUCAGCCGCCCUGGCCUUGUUCCUCUGCUCCCUGCUACCGGAAACACAAGAUCAGGCUCUCCCUGAUAACCCGGAGCACUGCUUCCUGCAGACAAGGGCACAGGGUCUGGCUGGGGACCAGCUCUCCGAGUACUGCUCCUUUCCUAGCUGA